UGUCACUCCUUCUCCCUUCCCUUCCCCUUGUCACUCCCCUUGGAGCUUUCAUCGUCGACCACUCUUUAUCGACCAUUUACAGUACAUAACAGUACUCAGUAAAAACCCAACUAUGUUCGCUCGCCAGGUUUUGUUCUUUUCUGCAACGGCUGCCGCGGUUUUCGCUCAGCUUACUAUCACUAGUCCUUCGUCCAGCAUUUGGUGGAUCUCCAAAGAAGCCGGCAACCUCGCUUGGACAUGCAAUACCGCACCUUCGACUGAGACGACUUGGACGGUUAUGAUCACCAACCCUAACACGCAGUUGUUGACAGACGAGUUGGCUAUCAUCGCUGAACAACCGAACUACGACUGCUCAGUGCUCUACACUCCCACCCUCAACGCCGGCACAGGCUACCAGAUCAUCUUCGUCAAUCCGAUCAACACGACCGAGAUCUGGGCUUCUAGCGAUGUGUUCGAGAUCAAGCCCCAAGGCAGCGCGUACGCUGUGACCUCUUUGUCCGCUAGUGGGAGCGGCACGGGCACUCCCACCGCUGGAGGAGCAGCACCUUCCGGCAGCUCGGGGGCGACAACGUCCAGCGCAGAAGACGUCCGUGUUGGGUUCGCAGGGUUUGCUCUUGCUGCCCUUGGGGGUAUUUGGACUUUGCUGUGAAUAUGAGUAUUCGCUGUGGUGGGUGUUGGUGUUGGUGUGUGGGAAGGAGAGGGGACUGUAAUGGACUUCUGGAGUAUUUGUUGUUUUCACUGCUCUGCUCUGUCCUGUGACGCUCUUUUUUUUCCAUGUUCGAUCGCUUUAAUGGUUUAUUCGCUCGCUCUUUGCCAAGGACAUUGUUCAUCCUU